AUGGAAGCUACUUCUACAGAAUUGGUCACUGUCCCGAAAGAAGCAUACUUUGAAGUAGAUGGACAUUACUUCGAACGAAGUGAUGAAUUGUAUGAUCUCAAUCCUCUUACUGCCUGUUCUGCUUCUUUUGCUGACGGAUUAGAUGAGGUUGAUGAAAAUCCCGACCAUGCUGAAUUCGUAUUUCAACAAGUCAAUAUUGCUAAUUCACGUAUCAUCCUUGAAUCUGAUCCUGAAUAUCUGCUAUGCUUGAUUAAAAUCAAAGAAAAUACGAGUAGUUAUGAUCCGAUCUUUGUGAAAAUAGACAGAGAUAUAUCGGAAAUCACGAAAAUAUUUAAAGAAUGGAAUAAGAAAGAGUCAGAUAAGAUUGUCUGGUUAUUUUACCGAUCUUACAAUACUUGUAAAAAUAAAGACGCACGAUCGACUAUAGUCCAAUUGAUAGCCGCUAGUAAGGAAAGUAAUAGCAACGAAAGUAGCAGUGACAAAACUAUCAAAUUGGUAGCCUUCGAUGCUGAUGGAAAAGUUCGAUUGGUAGAUCGUGUGAUGGGUUUUACACCACCUGAAAGUGAUAUAAGAUUGGUCAUGGACUAA